CUUUACUUGACAACAAAACGUGUAAAAUAAGAUGUCUUCCUAUUCAAGUGCCGGGGUUUUACUUUUACUAUCACUAUGUUCCAUAAUAGUGCACAGUCAAGUUCCAGAUGAUACAUGUCAUUCUUUUGCUGGUGGACAGGUUUACCCACAAGAGACUAAACGCACAAGUGGGCACACAAUCCAGUGGAGCCAAGCCGUGAGUAAGUAAUGGUUACGUUACACUUACUUCUUGAUACAGAGUACAGGCCCACAAAAUAGCAUAAAUAGGGAAGACUUACUUUACACAGUACACAGCUAAUAGUACUUGUAAAUUAUCACUCCUCGAAUGAAUGUGAGUAGUGAGUUGAGUCACCAUUAUUAAUAAUAAUGAAUGUCACCCAUCACGUCCUCAAGUAGAAUGUAGGCCAACAGACAAAUAAUAGCCCAAGUUAAAAGCUUCUUCUACUUCAAGUCACUACUUCUGUUUAUUGCUCAUUUAGUCAAGUUGGUGAUGAUACUGAUAGUAUCACAAGAGUGAAGUUAGUUUUAAGUUUUCAAAAAUUCCCCACGUUGUCACAUUAACUAGGGCAUAGUAUAGUCUAAUAUACUAUAGUUAUAGUCUAUUGAAAUUUGAAUCUGAGACAUUCAGCAUGUGACUCAUCUGUGUUUUAGUGUUUGUUAUUUUUUAUAUUUUUGUUUAACUUAAUCUUUUUUAAAUAGUUUAAAAUAGGACUAGAGCCUAUUUGUCAUUCGUUUAUGUUAUUUAAAUUUAGGACUAGGCUUGUGCCCUUAAUUGGUCUUUGUCUUAGGAACUAGUAGUAGUUCUGAUACUGAGUAAAGUUUGCUUUAUACUUAUAUUAUAAAGUAAAGGCAUUAAUUGAGUAUCUUUAGAUAUGAUGUCAAUGUGCCUCCACUUCCGCGCUUGUCAAUUUGUGACCCAGAUCUGCUGUUUAAGUAAGUGCACAGUGUGUAAUUCUAGCUAUAACUAUCAAGGCUGCAGCUAUUUGUAGUAAACUACAAGAGCUAUUUACUUUUGGUACUCUACUACCAGCAGUAGUAGCAUCUAGGCAGCUAUUGGUAUUUUACUAUAAAAAACAGUGCAGUAUUUGAUAAUUGACUAAGUCAAGUAUUGCCAGUCUUGGUAGUAACUAUUUUUAAAAAUUAAAUCACUGAAAUCACUCUUAAAUAGGUAUGUGAAAUUCUGACUGUUUGCGUCACCAAUAUGUUGCUAAAAAACGUGUGCUGACAUUUAAACAGCUGUCUGGUGUUGUCUCAUUAAUUCACUCCAUCAAAUCAGAUUUUAAAGACACUUAUUUUUCUUUGUUUAUAAUUUAUGAAUUGGUGCUUAUGUUUUCAUCGGAUUCUAUGCUGUUAAAUACAUAAAUUCUGCAAGCAUUAAAGAAUACAUAGUAAGUGGUGAUUCAUAGAGGUUAAAUUAAUUUGUGUUACCCAAUGAAAUUUUUUAAUUGUGUUUAAGUGUUACUCAGUAGGCUUAACUCCCACCAGAAAAUCAAUAACAGGAGGUGGUCCUGUGACCAUGUUCUCAACAGAGUAUGGCCAAAGCUUCUUUGUUUUUGUUUUAACUCUAAGCGAAAUCAUAUUGUUAUACCGUUUCAUUUAAUAAAAGUAAAAAAAAAAAACAAUAUUUUUUUUUAAAAAAAUAUGCACACUUUGUGUGCAGUAAAACUAUUAUUAUGUAAUGGUAAAUAUAGAUAUAUUUUGGCAUAUAAUUUAAUGUAAUAAAUAAUUUAAUUAAUAAUUUUAAUCAUUCAUUUUGCAUACACAAAAUGUUUACAAUAAAAUGAUUUCUUAGCCUCAGUUGGAUUUUAAAGAUUUGAAGGUAUUUUCCAAAUGUUUGAAAGUAUCAAAAUAAGCUAAAAUUCUUUCAGGAUUCAUCAUCGAGCCAAGGUGUUGUCACUGGUACAAACUAAUAAUAAAUCAGGGCAAUGCUUUGCCAGCGUGAUUAAAAGCCGGUUUUUAAAGUUCCGGUUUUAGUUUGAUUUGAUUUGUUGGACUUUGCUACAAAUAGCUCCCUGGAAGCUACCAAUAGACACUUUUAACUAUUUAUUGGUUAAGCAAGUAUUUUGAAUGUGAGACCUAUGGAUAUAUGGAUUAUUUUAUUAAGCAAAUGGCUGACUGUUUUGCACUCUCUUAGUGUUGAAUUACUUUGCAUAGUCUGUCAAGGUCAUUGGGUAGGCUAAAAAGUAUGCUCAAUAUAAGACUCACAUGCAGUGAUUUCUGGUCCUUUUAGAUCUACUUUUUAAAUUUUUAAAGAAAAAUAAAAUUAUUUUUAAAAAGUAUUAUUACAAAAUUAAAAGCAAAGUGAAUUAAAAGAAAACAUUUUCUCCUAUAGUAUCAAAGCCUGCCCCAGACUGGAAUGGAACAGCCGUCAUCAAUGGAGAGUUCAAGGAUAUCAAGUUGUCUGAUUUUAAGGGAAAAUACUUAGUAUUUUUCUUUUACCCCCUUGAUUUGUAAGAAAAAUUUGAUUGUAUUAUUUUAGCUAGAGAUCUUUAGAAUAACUAACAUCUUAAAUAUUGAUUUCUGAUGAACAUAAUUCAGGAAUGGAAUGUGUAAAAACUUGAAUAUAGAGAGUAAUUUAAUCAUUAAAAAUGUUGUAUUUAUAACCUUUUUAAAUUUAAUGUUAGGUUUCCUCAUGUCCUGGAGUUUUUGCUUAUCCUGGGAAAACAAGACAAAAGUCACUCUAAUCCUGGAAAUCCCAGGACAAAGUUAAUUUACCAUAUAUUGCAGCGUAUAGUGCAAUAAAUUUAGGGUAAAAUGCUAAUUAAAAAUUGGGGUUUGUAUUAUAAGUGCUUUUAAUAUAUAAGUGCUUUUAAUAUAGUUUUCAUUACUUGUAAACUAUAUAUAUUUAUGCCUAUGCAACCAAAUCUUGGCCCACUCGCAUUCGGCACUGAGUGCGCAUUGUUUCUGUCCAUCAUCCUCAUGUCCCUUAGACCUUGGACCGUUGGGGCACCACAGAUGACAUGUGAACCAUCCUCCUCCAUUCCUCUCUGUCUUCAGCACUACGCACUGCAUCGCCCAGUGUUAGUCCUGUCCACUCUUUGAUGUUAUCCUCCCAUAUUUUUCUUUGUCUUCCUCUUCUUCUCCCUCCUCUUGUGGUGCACUGCAAUAUUUCUUUGGCAUGCCCUUGUUUCCUUGUUACGUGGCCAUACCAUUGUAGUUUGCGUUUUUUCAAAGACACCAGUAGGUCAUCCUACUCCCCAAUUGCCUGACGAACGCUUUCUUUCACUGUAUCAUUGGAGAUAUGGUCCCUAUAGCAGAUGCCAAAAAUGCUUCUGAAGCAUCUCAUCUCCAUCGCCUUUAUUUUCCUUUCAAGAUCGGCUGUUAAUGUCCAGGAUUCACAGGCAUACAGGAAAAUGGAGAGGACUAAUGAGCGCAUCAGCCUGAUUUUGGUGCUGGGGGCUAUAUUUUUGUCAUUCCAUAUUUUCUUGAGCUUCUUUAGUGCGCUGUUGUAGUCUGCGCAAUCCAGUACAUCAGUUCGGGCUUGGAGCCUUCUUCUGAGACUAUUGCUCCUAGGUAUUUGAAGCUGCCGACAGUCUCUAAUCUUUCCUCCCCGACCUUAAUUUCAGUGGUAAUGCCUGCGGUAUUAUUUGUCAUCAGUUUUGUCUUUUCGGCACUGAUUAGGAUGCCGUAGGACGACGAGGUCUUAUUGAGACGCUUUACCAGGUUGGCUAGCUCUUCUUCGUUCCCAGCCAGCACAUCUAUGUCGUCCGCAAAGCGUAGGUUGGUGAUUGUUCUGCCACUAAUGCUUAUUGUCCCUUCAUGCGCUUCUAGAGCAUCUGACAUAAUUCUCUCUAGGACGAUGUUGAAUAGGGUGGGGGAGAGCAGGCAGCCUUGACGUACUCCAACCGUGGUCUUGAACCAUUCUCCGAUAUUGUUGUUGAGGAAGACUGCACUGUUGGCCUUAUCAUAGAGGUUGCAUAUCAUGCUGGUUAGGUUUGUGUUGAUGUUGUAGUGCCUAAUGGUGGCCCAUAAAGCAGCAUGCCAAACCCUGUCAAAUGCUUUCUUGAAGUCAACAAAGACGUGGUAUAGGUUUUGUUGGUGCUGAGCAUAUUUCUCACAUCGUAUUUGGAGGUUUAGAUCUGCUCAGUGGUGCCCUGUACUUGUCUGAAGCCCGCCUGUUCUUCAGCAAUGAUUCUGUCGGCAUAUGGUUUUAGUCAGUUUAAUAUGACCUUCAGCAUGACCUUGCUGACAUAGUGACAGUAAUUUAAGUUCUUGGACUGGAUAGUUGUAUCUGUAUGAUCACAGUUCCUUGUAAUAAUAAACUAUUUUAAAGGAUUUUGACAUUUUUAUUAUAAAUAAGUAUUUAUUUUGUCAAUGGGUAUUGUUUUACUUUGGAACAACAUUAACAGAUUGCAUUAUAUGUGGACAUGGCAUUUAAAAAAAACAACUUAAGAUGCUCCCAUUAUAUGUGGAUUGCAUUAUAUGCUGUAAUAUACCAUACAUUUCAACCUGUACAGUUUACCCUUACUUUGUACAGGUUGAACACAUUUUUCAAGUUGUACAGUCAUACAGGAUUCUGUAAGGUUUUUCACUGGAUUUAGAAAAGAAAUAGUUUUGCUCAUGACAGUGAUGGCACUCGAUUUUGAAUUUGAGUAGUAAAAAAUGCUUACAAAUUAGUUUUUGUAAUUCUAAUUAUAACUUCCAAUUAAUUCUUUAUAUCCCAAGUUCCUAUGGUAAAAAAAGAACAACUGGUUACAGGACUUUUUCCCCACUACAGUGAAAAAUCUGGCUUUAAAUUGACGGUAAACGAAAUAUCGAAAUGAAUUUGCAUUCAUUAUUCUAAAACGGGAAUUUGUGUUGCUACAACAGGCAUAAUUAAAAUGUUUUUCUUGAAAAUGAGGCCUAUCAAGAAGGCAAAGUUUGCAUACAAUCAACACUUUGAUCAUUAGGUGAUGUAAAAUUAUAAAUUAUCCUUAUUUCUAGUUUCUUUUUUUUUUUCUGUACAGUUUUUCAUUCCGUUGUUAAACAUUUUAACUUUCUAGGAUAUAGGGGAGUGGGUUAAUUAUUCAGCCAAUUUACCUUAACUAGAUUAUCUUUGGAACAAUUUGUGAGCAUCUGAAACUUAAAAAAAAUAAAAUUGUAUUAUAAAAGUUUGUACCAUGGACAUCCCAGUGUAGCAAUAUUUCCAGGAUGUGAGGAUUACCAAGGAAGUCUUUUGUUAAACUAAAAUUCAUGCAGGAUCCUGUUUGACAAUACCUUAUCGGUAUCAUACCAAAACAAAAUUUUUGAGUUUUCCAAGCUCUUCAUAGGGAAAUUGGUUUGUAAGGUAAUUUUGUAAUCUGAAAGAUUAAAAAAAAAAUAAUUUUAACCUCUUUUUAUUUUCAGUACAUUUGUGUGCCCUACUGAGAUUAUUGCUUUUAGUGACAGUAUGGAUGAAUUCCGUAAGAUCAACACUGAAGUUGUUGCUUGUUCAGUGGAUUCACAAUUUACUCAUUUGGCUUGGUAAGCAUAUUGGAUUUUUCUUUAUAGAAUUUAACAGGUAUAUUGGGUUUAAUUUUUUUUUUUUUUUAGUUUUGACUGAGAUUAUUUCUAUUUGUCACAACUAUAUUUAAAUAUUCCGAAGAUGAUUUAAAUUAUUUUCACAGCUACUGUAAUAAAAAAAGAUAAGAAUUGGAUUUCUGUGUUUAAACUUAAAGUGAUCAUUUUAACAAGAUUUAUAAUAAUGAUUUUUAUAUUCCCACACUCAGGACCAAUGUGCCAAGGAACCAAGGAGGUCUGGGUAAAAUCAAUUUCCCUCUGUUGUCAGACAUAACUCAUGAAAUCUCCAAAGCCUAUGGAGUCUAUCUACAGGAUUUAGGACAUAGCCUUAGGUAUAUUGAUGAGUAACACAUACAUUGUAUUUGUCACUAAUGUAUUCAUUUUCAUUAUUUAUUCAAUAAUUUAUAUUUAAAAAAAAACAACAUGUUGCUGCUCAUUUCAGGGGCUUGUUUAUCAUUGAUCCCAAAGGCACAUUGAGACAGAUCACAAUGAACGAUUUACCAGUAGGUCGUUCAGUUGAUGAGACUCUGCGCCUAGUGCAGGCUUUCCAAUAUACAGAUAAGCACGGCGAGGUGUGUCCGGCCGGAUGGAAGCCUGGCAGUGCCACAGUAAGUUAAUUAUUAUUGACUCUACUUGUUGUCUUUGUCAGUUGAAACUUUUUCUAAAGCCAUUUUUAACCCACUUCCCCAUAUCCUAGAAAGUUAAAAUGUUCAGGUGAGCAACUUUGUCUCACCUAGACUUUUCAAUUUUUAGGAGUAGUGUUACAUUGUUAUAUACCGGUAGUCAGGUCUCAUGAACUGUGUGUGAAAUCUUAACAAUCUUGUGAAAGUUACAAGAAACAUAAAUGAUUGAAAUCUUGACCAGGGCAAGUGAAAGGUUGAAAUUGUUCUUGUCAUUGUAUGUUUAUUUUCUUCUUACCAUAGAAUAACUAAAGUAUAAUAUUAUAUUUUUGUUAAUUAUUUAAUUUUCGAUUUUUAUCUUUGUAAAGGUUGAGCCUAAACAAAGAACCUUAACCCACAUUAAGAAAUAACCUUCAGUGCUAUGUAUUAGCUACAUUAUGACCAUAAGUUGCUGAAAGUCAAAAUUUGUUCAAAAGCAGUCUUUCAUCCAGUCAUAGAAUACUGAUAAUUGUGGAGAAAAUAUGAAAUUUUAAUAAAAUAAGUCUACAUUAGGACCAGCUACACCAAAUUCUUCAAUCUCAAUUGAGUGCUAUUGGUCAGACUAUUCAGAUCUAUCAACUUCGUCUUCAUCUUUUGACACAUCUGGGAUAUCAUGAUGUUGAAAUAAUUCAAUAAUAACAUCAGUUUUAUUUCCAUUAUAUAUUUCUUCAUCUAUUUCUGCAUUAAAUUCAUCAGUUUGGACACUAACAGUAUAAAGCGAUUCUAGAAAGACAAACGCUGUUAAUCAUAGACCUGCUGUCAACAAAGAACUAUGUUAAAAAAAAAGGAAAUAUAGUAAAAUCAAGUGCAUAGCCACCAAACCCUCGUUGAAGAGCUUUACAGUUCCUCUUUAUAAAUAGCUUCUUAAUGUUCAGCCUUCACCUGGCAAUGUUAAAAAUAGGCUGUUUGUGGCUGGAUUUAGCUGUAACAUGACUGGGAAGCCAUAAACGCUGCUAAAAGGGUUAAAAGAUAUACUCUAACUUAACCAGGUUGGACGUUAUCCUGAACUGAAUUAAAUCCUUCACUGGAUAUAUUGAAAAUAAUUCUAUUUUUGUCAUUUUUGUUUCAGAUUAUCCCAGAUCCUAAAAAAUCCAAGGAAUAUUUCCAGCAACAAUCUAAUGCUGGAGAGUUAUGAGUAUGGUCAUCUGUCAAGUCAUAGUCACAUCUUAGUAGGGCCCCCUAGUGUUCUAUACUGAGGGCAUUGGAAUGACAAUGUUUAAGGUCUCCAUCUCAUUCUUCUGAGCACAAGCAACUUACAACUAUAAGCUCAAAUUGUCAUUUGAAAAGUUUAUAGACUGGAAACAAGUUUUAAAACUUAACUUAAUGUUAACUUUAACAUGGAUACAAUUUAUUAGAUAUCAAUUUUCAGGAAAACUUAUUCUUUUAUUUGAUUAUUCUUUAUUAGAUUUACUAUAGGGAAUUUUUUUGAAAAUUUGAGUUCAAUUUUAAACAAAUUUUUAAAUAAAAGCAAAAGACUGAUUUGACUAGUCUGGUAAAAUGUUUUUUGGCAUUUAUUUUAAACCUAAUUUUGUAAUUUGUCUUGACAGAGAAUGCACUGCAUGUGUUUUCUCUGAGGUGGUGGGGCAUGUUUUAAAAUAUUGCAUUUUAAAAAUGAUUACCAUUUUAUUUUGUGUUUGAUAGUUUGAAGACUGUUUUAAUCCAACGGCAUUGUGUCAAUGGCUUUGUCAUUAAUUGGUUUUAUGGAUAAAUCACACAUCGGAUUGCUUUUUGUUUUUUUAAACAAAACUGAUUAGUCUUAAUAAUUUGUGCGUUUUUUUUUUUCCUCAUCACUUGAAUAGGCAUUGUUGAGCAUUUCCCAAAUUGGAUUAAUAGUUUUCUUGGCAAUAGAAUGUCUACAUUAACAAAAUUCCCACCAUGUUCUCUGUUAGACAGAUCCAUGCUUAUCUAACAUUAGAUCAGUGUGAUGACUGAAGAGAGUACAUGGGGAAACUGUGGUAGCAUUUGAAGUUUACAAGCGUUAAGAUAGAACUCAUGUGAUGUGGAUGAUGUUUUGAUUCCUACUAUGUUAUGUCAGAUGUUGCUAUUGAGUGCACAAAGUAGCCAUGCCAGGAUGUUCAUCUGUCUUUCUGGUAAAGCAUUUGUGUGAUAUUUCCAGAAAGAUGUUUGUAAUCUUAUUUUACCUUUUUUUAAAAAAAUUAAGAUAGAAGUACUGGAAAUUUGAUUGUUUAAUCAACUGACAAAAUUUAGGUAAAUUUAACAAAUAAUAAAUGAACAACUUUAAAGAGGAUGUUAUUUUAAGAACAAUGAGUUCAUGAACCAGAUCACUUGGGUUCAGUUUGAGAUUUUGUCCUAGUUGAUGGUUGUUGAUGUAAGCUUGCAAUAGUGUGCAACCAAUUAUUCAAAGCAUAAGUUUAUGUCUUCAUGAAAUCAUUGAUUUGUCAGUUUUAUUAUCGUUACCAUUGUCUCAUGUUAUAUUUGUGUGCAAAUUGUUUCUAAAAUUAAAGUUAAAUAACUGAACUUUUUGGGGGUUUUUUUUAUCUCAUAAAAUUUCAUCUGCAACGUUGUCAGAUUUAUGGUUUAUGCAAAAUUAAAUAAGUGCGCAAGAG